AUGGUUAGGGUGAUUGUGGAUUCAAUCAGAGAGGUGUGUUUAAAUCCAACCAAGCGGCAAUGUUCAGAAGUUGCACAGUCAAUCAUCCAUAAGUAUCCAAACAGUUUCAGUGACAAAACAGAGGAAGGAGAGUUAAUUGGUUGUGGUUAUUACUCUUUGUUGUGUCAAUUGAAGACAAGGGUGGAACAUCUUAACCGGAACAAUACAAUGGCUCGACUUAGAAAACCUAAACGAACAGGAGACGAAGUGGAUGAUUGCCAACCUUCAACAUCUAAAUCCGCUAAACUGGAUAGCUAUGGUUGUGUGAACUGGAACCCUACUGAACUUCCUGAAAGGGAAACCUUUGAUUCUUUAGAGAUAAAGAGACAGGAGAUUCUUAGUCUAUUUUCCCAAGAAGGACCUCGUGCAGCCGAGCGCAGCAAAGUCCAGGAAUUAAUGAAAAUGACAUACAUUGCACAACGUCACAGCAUUAAUGCCAGCCCUCCACCCAGUAUCUCAGAUCUUCAGGCAAGGUGGCCUUUUCUCUUUACGAAGAGAUUCUUAUGCGCUCAUUUUAAGGAACUGACUGGGAUUGAUCCUGACAUCAGAUUUAAGGACUCCCUUUGUACCAAAGGGGAAAGGAUUCUCUGCUUCUUCAAAAAUCUUCAGUCCAGGUGGGGAAAAGAAGUUAGAGCAGUCCUCAAAGACAUCGACAGAGAGGGCAGAGAUGUUGACCCAGGCCUUGCAGCGGUUCUGUUAAUGAUGGCCCACUUCAAAGAAAAGGAGGAAUCACUGUUCUUUUUAGCAGAUGUCACAACCACCCCAACAGAUGCAGAGACCAGUCUUUCACUUCCUUCUACUCCAAGGCUGAUCAUGCUUGGGGAUUCAGUUCUACACAGCAAAAAAUGGAUGCUGUCAAUUGAAGGCAAAGUCAUCUUUCCUGAGACUGACCUACCAGAUUUUUCCUCUGCGUUUGCUGUUCUCUUUGGUUGCUAUUAUGUGCUUAACAUCGAGUACCAAGUGGAAGCAGCCACUACUUUGGAGUUCAUUCAGAGGUUCAUCGUGAGGAUUAACCCUGACAACAGCAAGUGCUCCUCAAAGUUCCAGGUCAGCAAAAGAAGUGGGAAGAUGGUGCAAAGGAAGAACUCUGGCCUGAACCCUCAUGUAUCCUCCUUCAUUAAGGAGUUUCUGGAUUUCAGCUGGCAAAACUAUUAA